UACUCUCAUACUUAUGGUUUUUCGGUGGUUCGGUUGCGAACGUAUCAGUUCGAAUGAACAAAUCUUUAAGACGAAUGAACCGAACUGGUUCCUCUCUCUCGUUCGUUCUCAGAUUCGACUCCUCCCAGACCCACUAUUCGCUGACAGUUCGUUCACUCACUGUGUGAGUGGUGAGGAGGGACCGACUGAGAGACGUCAUGACUCAAGAGAGCCAGCCAAUCGUAUGCUGUUCUAGGACUGAGUCUAGGACGCUCUUGUUGAAUUGUAGCCAAUGAGAGACAGAAAUCAACCGGUUUCUUGGGGUAAAAACAAAUGGGCUUAGUGAGCAAGCUAUCUAUUAUUCACAUUGGCCAUCUGUUGCAUGGACGUAUUUAAAGGAUACAUUGUACAUAUUUAUAAUUUGAAAUCCGUUCCAGCCUUUAUACCACAGAUACUCUAGCAUAUAACCGCGUUGUCCGAUUACAGUUUAAUGCAUUUUUCACAAGUCACCGCGCCAUCCGUUUCAAUAGUAAUCGCGACGGUCCAUACUUUCAACAUUUACAUAUUUGAAAUUCGUCCCAGCCUUCAUACCACAGAUACUCUAGGCGGGUCUAAAGCUUAUAACCGCGUUGUCUGAUUAGUUUUAUUAUUAUUAUUAUUAUUUUUUUACAAACUACCAGCUCUCGUUGUGAAGACUAGUCACCGUGCGAUUCCUUUCAAUUGGAAUUGGGACGGUCUAUACUUUCAACAUAAAGUGUACGUAUUUGUCAUUUGAAAUUCGUCCCAGCCUUUAUACCACAGAUACUCUAGGGUCUCUAUAGUAUAUAACCGCGGUUUCUGAUUAGUUUAAUUAAUUUUUCACAAGUUACCAGCUCUCGUUUUUGAAGACUAAUCACCGCGCCAUUCGUUUCAAUGGGAAUCGCAACAUUCAUACCAGCCUUUAUACCACAGAUACUAUGCAUAGUUUUCACGUGACGUCACGCCCUUGUUGGAACGCCCACUUGGAGGGCAAAAGACACUAUUUCAACUGCCGGUCCGCUGCCCGCCAGCUACUUUUCUUUGCUAGCUUUGGAUUAACUUUUGCCAAAAUGCCAGAUAGUUGUUGUGCAAUUGGCUGCACAAAUCAACGAGGAGACAAGCCUGGGUUGUGCUUUUACAGAAUCCCGUCUGAGAAAGAAAACCCAGAGAGGAGGAGGUUGUGGAUAUGUGCCUCCGUCCCUGGGGAAAACAAACAAUGGCAACCAUCAAAGUACACACGUCUUUGUAGCGAACAUUUCAUCAAAGGUGCCAAAUAUGACGACCCUUUGUCCCCUGACUGGGUUCAAUCAAUCUUCUCACACAUUCCAGCCACCAAGAAGAGGAAAAGGGAGAAAGACAUGGAAAGGUAUGAGCAGCACAGCAGAAUGAAGAACAAGCGGGUGGAGGAGAAAAAGAAGAAAGAUGCAGUGGAUGUCCUCCUUGACCUGUCAUCAGUACCAGAUGCUGGACCUGCACCACCUGCUGUGGAUGAACAACAGUGUGACAACAAGCCAUGCAAGGAAAACAUUGCAAGAUUACAAAGGGAGUGUAAUGACUUCAGGGAGAAAAACCGUAAGCUGAAAGACAUUAUUAAAUCAGGAACAUUUGAUGAACUGGCUUUUGAAAAAGAUGAUGACAAAGUGAAGGCAAUGACUGGAAUCCCCACAUAUUCAAAGUUACAAGUAGUUUUAACAUUUAUGUUACCAUUUCUGCAGACUGGUACAAACCUCUCUCCCGUCCAACAACUUCUGUUAACUCUUAUGAGGCUGAAACUGAACCUUCCCCUGUCAUUGCCAUCUCAAUUCCAACUGCCAGCAGAACAUUUAGAAACACCAUUGAAGUGCUGAAUGCAAGACUUGCUCCAGCACUUUUGUUUUGGCCAAAUCGAGAGGAGCUUCAGUUGUCAAUGCCUAUGAUAUUUAGACAGGUUUUUCGUAAAUGUGCUUGUAUUAUUGACUGCUUUGAAAUUUUUAUUGAAAGGCCUGGAAACCUAAGAGCAUGAGCACAGACAUACUCAAAAUACAAACAUCCCCAUAUCAUGAAAUAUCUAAUUGGCAUUACACCACAAGGAACAGUUUCUUUUAUAUCAAAAGGAUGGGGUGGGAGAACAUCAGACAAACACUUGACUGAAAGAAGUGGAUUUUUGGAUCACCUCAACCCAGGUGAUGUCAUACUAGCUGAUAGAGGGUUUGAUGUGGCAGAUUCAGUUGGUCUGUACAAUGCUGAGCUUAAAGGGCAACUUCACCCAUUUCACAUAAGCUUUGUAUUUUUAGAACCCCCCCCCUCAUAUUUUUGAAUGGUCUAGCA